AACUUUCCAAUGCGAUGACAUUUCAAGUAUAUUGGAAGUCACACAUUCCACUGGAACACACAAUUGAUAAGUGUGUAACAAGAGUUUUGUAAAUGUGUUUGCACUACUAUGAAAAUCAAUGGAAAGAAGAAGAAAAAAUGAAAUACGCAAGAAAAACAUUAGAAAACAUUCGAAACAACGCGAGACAGAGCAACAUUAAAAUUAUCGGAACGUUUUAUUUCAAAAACUACAAAAAUAUGUAACAAACAGCUGAUUUGACAGAACCACAACAAUUUGACAGAAAUCGUAUAAUUUUUAAUAGUUUCGGAAAUAAUAAACUUAUGCAAUCGACAGACCAUAAUCGGGAAUUAAAAACAAUGUUUGACCGGAGAAAUUUAUAGUGUUUUGAGUGUAUGUUUAUUUUGUCGUGUGUUUCUAACGCUGCUGCUGCAUUUUAUCGCAUUCAAGAUUCUCCAGCAAAGUCAUAAAAUUGAUUUGUUCAUCAAAAACUAUAUUGAUAUCGAUGGUCGACGAACCGGAUGAAGAACCUCUCCAAAGCGAGAAAAAUCCAACUGAUAACACCAAUUUGGGUUACAAAACCGAAGAAGCCCUAAGGUUACUCUGUGAUGAAAUUGAAACGGUGGUCAAAUCCUACGAAACGAAAUUCCACAACGAAAGCUUACUAACAACAGCCAAGAGUGCGUUUGCAAACGCGUAUGAGAGUCCGUUGAGUUGGUUCUCCGUGCUGACAACAGUUUUGGUAAUCGUUUGUUUGGCACUAACAAAACAUUAUUUCACCUCAAUAUGGGUGCUCUUCAUAUUAUUGGCGACCAUAACACUGGUCAUCUACGAAUGCUAUCUGCGUCGCACCGAAAUAUUUCGCAAGGUGCGACUGAUUAUAAAUGAAAUUGAAUUGGCACAACGAUUGUGCAAAGACUGGACGGCGGAAAACUAUCCGAAUAAAAAUAGUCCGCUGUCGCCGUGCGUUACACUUCAGCUAUCAUAUCGAGACGGUCAAAUUGUCAAUCUGCCAUGGGCUCUGCUUGUUAAAAAUGACAUUAUUGUAAUCAAACCGGGACAACAGGCACCGGGCGAUUGCAGCGAAAUCUCACCGCCGGGAAAACGAAAAUUCAAAAUGGGUGAAACGUACGGAAUAGCACAGCCAAUGGAUGCUCCAUCUAGGCCAAAAAUACGUUCGCCUCUGCCAGAUAUUGUAUGCGUUCUUGAGAAGACACCAUUUUUGGAUAAUUUGCGAAAAAUCUUGGACAAAUCACCCAAACGUCUGCCAACUAUUUACAACGAACAACGUCACUUGCUUAUCACGAAAUACAUUCAACACUGGGGUGUUAUCGCGUGUUUAAUAAUGACAUUAAUUUUUGCUGCUUUGAAUUACAACGAUAAAUUAUACGAUGACGUUCAACUCAAAUGGAUGAAUUUAUUUCUUGAGUUGCCGGUCUGUGCCAUUUUGCCAGUCAUAAAUGGAAUGUUUCCAGUCAUGUGGAUAUGCAUUAAUUUAUGGGGCAUCGCACGGCUCGAGACGCAUUUGGCCCAACCACAAGCAACAACAUUGCUCGAACAACAAAGGUCAUUUCAAGAAGACCUAGACACACCCACCCUUGAAUGUGAAACAUCCAAACUUCCAUUCAAAGAGGUUCUAUUCAAUUGGAUACGUUUGUGGCAAGGUUAUAGCAUGCUUUUGGGGCGUUCCUCGAAUGUGGUGCAAGUCCUUGGCUCUGCAACAGCACUUUGUUGUGUCGACAAAAAAGGAAUAUUAUCGUGGCCAAAUCCAACGGCUGAAAAAGUAUUUAUUUUACGUGAUGCGGCCGAACGUGAUGGCUCCGAUACAGAAAGUGACAUUUCCUUUGAUUCACAUGAGAAGUCCAAAAAAUCGGAUAAAAUUGAAAAAGAAAUAAGAAUCGCUGAAACCGAUCAAAGCACCGCAAAUAAAACAACCGAAGCAAGCGCGUCAGCAAACAAAAGAGAUAGCGGCCGAAUUAUUGACACACAUCAACAUCCCGGUACAGUUGCCGAAGUCCUAGACUUAACCCAUGAUCAAUGUAGCCCGUUCCGCAUUGAUUUCGAUGAUCACAGCUGGAAAAAUCAUAUUGAUUCAUUGAAGCCAUUGGGCUUAGCCAUUUUAGUAAACACUUGCGACAGCAAAACACAAGAACACUAUUCAAAAUUUUGUGCUCAUGUCACGGCAGUGGCCACGUUAGACAAAGAUUUGGUGCCUGUUACGAAUCGGUAUGAAAUCACUGAAACUCAAUUGAAUACCUUUAUGCAUGGGCGAUGUCUUUGUGAAUUGGCCAAGCAAAUUGGUUUUACUGAAAAGGCAACAACGUUAUUCAAUCUUGAAGGACAGAUAGCCAGUUACAUGCAUUUGCAACCUGAAGUAGUGAAAAGAGAUAUUCGCUUUGCACGCCAACUUCGUAUCGCAUCAAAAGUCAAGGUUCCAUUUCCACAUUGUCUUUCGGUUGUGAUACGCGAUUUGCAAAGUAACUCAUUACAAAUGCUGACACAAGGAACCGCCGAUAUUGUGCUAGAUUGCUGCGAUGAUUUUUGGGAUGGACAAGAUCUGCGACCGCUGGGACCUCAAGAACGAAAACGUGCGCAAGAUUUUUAUCAACGAAAUGCUCUAACAUCGUAUUGCACCGCAUUCGCCUAUCGGCCGUUGAGACAUGGUAUUGUUGGUGCGUUAAGCGAAACCGCCUAUAUGGAACUACCACCAGAGUCUGCAUACAAAACUAGCGCUCAUCGUGAUCAUGACCGUGGUGGAAUUUACUGUACAUUCGAUGGUGCCCAGAACAACAAUUGCUGUGAACCAACAACAGCUGAACUGAAACAUUCAAUCAGUUCCGACUCAUUGCUAUUCUCUGACAACAAAGAAGAAGAUAUUUGUGAUGUUGAUGGAUGCUUCGAAAUGCAAUGCCAUCAGGUGUUCAUUGGCAUGGUUACCAUGCAAUAUCAAGCUCAAACCGAUAUGGUAUCGAUGAUUGAGCGCCUUGAACGUGCCUGCAUUCGAUUUGUCCAUUUUAGCAAAGAGAAUGAGCUUCGAUCACGAGUUUUUUCCGAAAAAAUGGGCCUCGAAAGUGGAUGGAACUGUCAUAUCUCAUUGCUUAGCAAUGAUGAUCACAGCAAUGCACCAUCACCACGUAGCCUAUCGGGCAAUUUUGAACCAAUUGUUACUUCCGCCGUGUCAAACAACGAAAUCAAUGCUGAAGAAGAUGGCACCGAAUCCGAACUAAAUCGAUUACUACCUCCAUUUACUGGCUUGGAAUCAACUAAAAACUUGAGUUCAUCAGCUCCUGGAGCAAUCAGUGAUGAAUUGCCAGAACCAAAAAAUGGCAGUUUUGAUUCUGACACCAAACACCGUAUCUCCAAAGAUUCUGCGAUGGAAGACGAGAACUGCCGAUCGCUUAGCGGUUUCACUGACAGCACAGAACAAUCGGCCGCAAUCAAUUUUGAUAUGUCGAAUCGAGCAAAACUUCCGCGGGGAAUAAAGAAUAUUCGACCACAUUUGGAAAAUGUCGACAAUGUACCCUUACUUGUUAGCUUAUUCACCGAUUGUUCAGCAGAGGCGACGCGUGAAAUGAUCAUGAUAAUGCAAAACUAUGGUGAGAUUGUCGUUUGCAUUGGCUCCAGUGCAAGUUCGGCAAAUGUGGACAUAUUCCUUCAGGCUGACUGUAGUAUUGCUAUUGAGCCACUUUAUCCUCAGGUCUGCCAAAGCAUCGCAGCGUAUACCGAAUCAAAUCUACUGAACAAUCGAAAUACAUUGAAUAUGCAAUGCAAAACGCAGUCGUCCAACCAAAGUGUCAAAAAUAAAAAGUGGUUCGAAUACGAGAAAUACGAACCGACACGUUUUCAUCGUACAUCCACUAUAUCACCCAUCUAUAUCAGUCGUCAAUUGAAUGCAAUUCCGUGUUCGGUUUCAAUAUGUCGUGACGAUUCAUUUUUGAUAUUGUCAAUGAUUGAAUUGUCACGCCGAUUCACGAAUGGACUGUGGAACUGUAUUCAGUUCUGGGUGUGCUGUGGAUGCAUGUUGGCUAUAAUCAAUACAAUUUGUGCAUGUUUAGCACUUCCACCGAUCCUGACACCAUUUUCAUCUAUCUACUUAAUAUGUGUGAUAGUGCCUCUGAUAUCAACCACACUAAUUAAUAACAAAUAUGAUGCGGACAUUAUGAAUCGUGCAACCUCAAAAAAGCACACAAAAUUCGAUUCAAAAGUUAUUGCAUACGUGCUAUGUUCCUAUGGAUUUAAAUUCAUCCCGACAAUCAUUAUAAUGGUUUUAGCAUAUUGCAUGCUGAUGUCACAUCCAGUCGAUGCUCUUAAUUUGGACAAGGAGAAUUUCUAUAAAGAAAUUCAAGACACAUCAAGAUGCUUCAUCUUUUAUUCAAUCAUUUUACACUUUGUUAUAAUCUCAAUGAGCUUUGUUCAUCGCGACUACUCCAUAUGGAAUAAAAGUCCAUUCACAAAUAGUGCCUGGCUGACUGUUUGCAUCGCAAUAUUGUUGUUUCAAACAUUUAUUUUUGCACUCAAUUUAUUGCUUUAUGAGAAAAUUCUUGAGCAAAUCUCUAUUUAUUGGCCGAUUAUUCUGUUUCUCGGUGGAUCGUUGAUAAUUGUGUUUUUGAUUGUCGAAUUCUGUAAAUGGCAAGAGUUAAAAGCAAACAGUCGUUAUCAGCGGCGUGCCAGAUUGGACUUUGGCACAAAACUCGGAAUGAAUUCACCAUUUUAGAUCAAUCUCGACCAAAAUGUUUUUUAGUCAAGAGACUACUUAUUAUACAAGAUCUUCCAGUGAAUUAUUUUCAAUUUUACAUGAAGACAAAGAACGAAUUACUUAAUGAUAAAUUACAGUUACUUAAAGAAUGUUUUUGUUUUUAAAUAGAUCUGAGCAUUUAA